UUUAAUUGGGUGAUAUGCUUUAUAUUGGCCAAUCACCGCUUUUGUUUACAACCAGCCUCAAAAGGUCAGAGUUGAAAAAUGGGAAGCAAUGCAGCUUUAGCUGUCACAGCAGCUAACAUGGUGGAAGUUUUAAACUCCAGGAAGGAACAGCUUAAUUAAACAUUCACUCUAGAAAAUGAACCACACAGACGCAUAACCGCCCGUCCUGCCCGACUCUGCGAUGCUGUGUGCGGGUGUUAAAGCCGUGAGGUCGUCGGCGUCAUUACGAAAGCAGUUAUGGACGAGUCAUCUUCACAGCGGGAUUGUUCAGCACCUCCCUGCAGGACCAGAUUCGCCUGCUGCUCCUCCUGUUCUGACGGACUGUUCUGAGCCCGCCGACACAGAGCAAAAGCGUGACUCCAUCUCCACUUGGACCCCCGCCCAGGGUUCCCCGCCGCCUCCUACGCACUGCUGCAUGAGUGGCUGUCACAACUGCGUGUGGAUCGAACAUGCAGAGCAGUUGCUGGAGUACUACAACGAUGGAAGCGAGCGGGCGCUCGCUGCUAUUGAGGAGAACGUCCUCGAUGAGAACCUUAAAACUUACCUGAAGAUGGAGAUCAGACUCUUAAAAAAGACGUGACCGUCGCAGCCAGUGGCAUUGACCGCAGUGCUGCCAGAAACCCUUCGCAGGCUGAGAUUUUACAGCACACAGUGUACCUCCACAUUUUCACCCCUCCUUCAUCCUGUGGGGCCCACAGUAUAUGUCUCAUUUUAGAAAGCUGGCAGACGUUAACAGAUAAGACUUUGGGUCUUUGGUGGUCAUUGUUAUGUUGCACUUAUCUAAUAUUUGCUUCUAAAAAGCAGGGGGGGGAAGAGUCGCCAUCUGGCAGGUUGCUGGAAAUCAUAAAUAUUCAGGAUAAAAAUACUCUUUGAUUUUUACUGGAAUCUGUUCAGACCUGCUUUGGCCUUUAUUUCAUUUAGACAGUGCAGAUCUGUCAGGAUGUCAAGAAAUCUCAACCAUGAAAGAAAAAACACAAACACUUACAUUUGCAGAAGCUUAUUAGGAUUAUCAAACUACUUCAUUUGAAAAUGAAAGCAACUCAUUGUAAAAGAGUUGAGUCAGGAAGUCUUUCUCCAAACUUCGAGUGUUUUUAAGUUAUCUAAGGUUACAGCUUCCUCUGAGGCUCCACAGUGUACUGAGAACAGAUGCCAGUCGGACCCUUUUAGAUCUUGACAUGUUUGUUUUUUUCUUAAGGAAGUAGUUCAUGAAAGUCACAGUGUGAAAUGUUCUUUUUCUGUUAGAGCCUUGUUUGUUGGUCCAGUUCAGUUGUGGUCUAAUAUUUUCUAAAAAUGGUCGUGUUCUGUGUCUCCGCCUGACGGUGCUGCUUAGCAACACCAGGGCAGAUGUUACUGAUGGGGGCGUUCUGUUGCAAAACUACAGAAUCAUGAACCUGGACUACAAACAGGUCCUCUUAGAUUUCUUUGCUGGUCGUGCAGGCUGACCAAAGACAAUCCAGUGAAAAUAGCACUUUAUUACCAAAUAUUUGUAAUAGGAAAUGUUAUUCUCUCUGCUGUCUACUCAUACUCAGUGCAAGAUUUUCUUAUGUGGGUCAUAUGAGUUGUUGGAAGGUAUUAUUUCUUUUAAUAAAGUGUGUCUUCUGUUAAAGGAGGUGAUGAAGUAUUAAAGCACAUUUCCUUAGUAUUUGGAGAAUUCAGUGAGGUCUGAUUAUUGAGGUCUCACUCAGAUAAAAAGCUGCCACAACUUUAGUUUCCAACAGUUAAAGUUGUGCACAGACUGCAGUCCAGCCAGUGGUCUGCUUAUAAAGCAUAACAUUGCAUCAUAACACAGUCCAACGAUUCUCUACAUGAAAGACCAUCGUUACUGUGAAUAAACAUAAAACAA